AUGGCCGUAGAACACCCCACUAACUCAAACCUUCUGGUUAGAAGCGUUUUCGGAGUCCAGUACCCCGAAGCCAAAACCCGGCUGACCUCAUCGCGAUCCAGGUCUGGCUCAAGAUGCCACUAUGAGAACCAUGACAGUGCCUGCCUCAGUGGGCCAUCUCCACCUCCUCUGCUGCUGACAGAACUCGCCUUGUGUACUGAAACAAUCCAGAACAGUUGCCCUGGCGACACUCUGGUUCCGCCUCCAAGCUCGUUCGAACAGCUUGCUGGGAAUUGUAGUGCGUGGGAGAUUACACUCACGGAGGGGGCGGGGCAGCUUCCGGAAAAGAAGGGAGCCUGUGCACAGGUGGUACAGGAAGAGGCGGGGCGCCCUCCUAGGGCACGGAGGCUCUGCCUCCUACAUCACUUCCGUAAACAAAGAGCACUGUGGAGGCGCAAGGUCCGGGAUGUGACCCCGGCUCGAGCUGCAGCGGUAGCAUCGCCGGCUGCGGCGGUGGCUUCAGAGGCCCCGGGGUCUUUGCAGGGUGAAGAGAACCACGAUCCCCUUUCUCCUCAGGUCAUAACAAGCUGGCCUGGGUGCAGUAAGGAGCUUAAAACAAUGGAGGAGCGCAAAGUGAAGAGGAGAAGUCCUAAGUCUUUUAGUGCCCACUCUACUCAGGUUAAUACCAAAAAAAAUGCCAUUCCAGUUAGUAAAAGCACGGGGUUUUCAAAUCCUGCAUCCCAGUCAACUUCACAGCGACCAAAGUUAAAAAGAGUGUCGAAGGAAAAGGCCAGACCUCCUGGUGGAGAAGGCAGAGGUGCCCAGGCAGCCCCAAUCCAGCACUCCUUCCUUACCGACGUCUCCGACGUCCAGGAAAUGGAGAGGGGCCUGCUCAGCCUGUUAAACGACUUCCAUUCUGGCAAACUCCAAGCAUUCGGAAAUGAAUGUUCCAUUGAACAGAUGGAACAUGUUCGAGGAAUGCAGGAGAAAUUAGCUCGCUUGAACUUGGAGCUCUAUGGGGAGUUAGAGGAACUUCCCGAGGAUAAGAGAAAAGCAGCCAGUGACUCUAAUCUGGAGAGGCUUCUGUCUGAUCUAGAAGAAUUGAAUUCUUCCAUACAAAAACUCCAUUUGGCAGAUGCACAAGAUGUUCCAAAUACUUCCACCAGCUAAAAUGAAAUUCAGUUGCUUUCUCAUGGUUUGAAGAAAAGCAGCACUCUUUACUUUUCCAGCUGAAUCCAGUAGCAGAAUCAUCUUCCACAAUAAGGAAUUAAAGUAAUUAAAGUGCAAAUACAGUGAUUGCUUUCACAUGCUGCUUUUAGUAAACUUGACUUGCCAUAAUUCACCUAACUGGAGGUCUAGGCCUUAUUGAAGGCUUAAUCAGGAAAUGUGAUACAGAGCUUUUGCUGCUAUGCUUAAUAUUGUUGCCUUACGGGUUUAUACUUGAAAUGCACUGUGCUAAAUGUUGUGGAUGGGGCUGAAGGAUUUAUCCUUCCUGAGCUCAUCAAACUUAUUCCACUGUUGAUAAGUUGAUGAUGCACAGCCUUUUUGUGGCAGCCCAGCUUCAGUUUACAUUAGACAAUCAGUACACACACCUGGUGUGUUUUCCAGUGGCCAGUGACAACAAAAUGUUGAAUGAGUAUUUGUGAAAUUUGCUAUUUUUAAUAAAGUGAU